AUGGAGUUCUCCUCAGACUCUCCCUGCAAAGGUCAUAUCCCAUGGCAGUGGCUCCUGCUCACAGUUUCACUUUUAAACUUCUGGAUCCCACCCCGAACUGCUCAACUCACUAUUGAAUCAGUGCCCUUCAAUGCUGCUGAAGGACAGGACGUUCUUCUACUUGUCCACAAUAUGACAGAGAGUCUUCAAGCCUAUCACUGGUACAAAGGGCAAGGAGUGCUCAAAAACCAACUCAUUAUAUCACAUAUAAGUAAUACUCAAGUAAAUAUCUCAGGGCCUGCAUACAGCAGUCGAGAGAUAUUAUUCCCCAAUGGAUCCCUACUGUUCCAGAAUGUGACGCUGGAGGAUACAGGAUACUACACACUACAAACCAUAGAUAUAAAUUUCAGCACUGACCAAGCAUCAGGACAGUUCCAUGUAUACUCGGAGUUACCAAAGCCCUCUGUCACAAGCAACAACUCCCACCCUGUGGAGGACAAGGACUCUGUGGCAUUAACAUGUGAACCUGAGACUCAGGACACAACCUACGCGUGGUGGGUAAAUGGUCAGAGCCUCCAGCUCAGUUCCAGGCUAGAUCUGUCCCUGGACAACAGGACUCUCACUUUACUCAGUGUCAUGAGGAAUGACACAGGACCCUAUGAAUGUGGAACCCAGAACCCAGUGAGCACUGGCCGCAGUGACCCAGUCACCCUGAAUAUUUCCUAUGGCCCGGACACCCCCACCAUUUCCUCCCCAGACUCAUCUUACCGUACAGGAGCAAACCUCAGCCUCUUCUGCUACGCGGCCUCUAACCCACCCGCACAGUAUUCGUGGCUUAUCAAUGGGAGGCCCCAGCAAUCCACACAAGAGCUCAUUAUCCCCAACAUCACUGUGAAUGAUAGUGGAUCCUAUACCUGCCUUGCCUAUAACUCUGCUACAGGCCUCAACAGGACCACAGUCAAGACGAUCACAGUCUAUGCGGAGUUACCCAAACCCUCCAUCACAAGUAACAACUCCCACCCUGUGGAGGACGAGGACCCUGUGGCAUUAACGUGUGAACCUGAGACUCAGGACACAACCUACGUGUGGUGGAUAAACGGUCAGAGGCUCCAGGUCAGUCCCAGGCUGGAUCUGUCCCUGGACAACAGGACUCUCACUUUACUCAGUGUCACGAGGAAUGACACAGGACCCUACGAGUGUGAAACCCAGAACCCAGUGAGCACCAGCCGCAGUGACGCAUUCACCCUGAAUAUUUCCUAUGGCCCGGACACCCCCACCAUUUCCUCCCCAGACUCAUCUUACCGUACAGGAGCAAACCUCAGCCUCUUCUGCUACUCGGCCUCUAACCCACCCGCACAGUAUUCGUGGCUUAUCAAUGGGAGGCCCCAGCAAUCCACACAAGAGCUCAUUAUCCCCAACAUCACUGUGAAUGAUAGUGGAUCCUAUACCUGCCUUGCCUAUAACUCUGCUACAGGCCUCAACAGGACCACAGUCAAGACGAUCACAGUCUAUGCGGAGUUACCCAAACCCUCCAUCACAAGUAACAACUCCCACCCUGUGGAGGACGAGGACCCUGUGGCAUUAACGUGUGAACCUGAGACUCAGGACACAACCUACGUGUGGUGGAUAAACGGUCAGAGGCUCCAGGUCAGUCCCAGGCUGGAUCUGUCCCUGGACAACAGGACUCUCACUUUACUCAGUGUCACGAGGAAUGACACAGGACCCUACGAGUGUGAAACCCAGAACCCAGUGAGCACCAGCCGCAGUGACGCAUUCACCCUGAAUAUUUCCUAUGGCCCGGACACCCCCACCAUUUCCUCCCCAGACUCAUCUUACCGUACAGGAGCAAACCUCAGCCUCUUCUGCUACGCGGCCUCUAACCCGCCCGCACAGUAUUUGUGGCUUAUCAAUGGGAGGUCCCAUCAAUCCACACAAGAGCUCAUUAUUCCCAACAUCACUGUGAAUGAUAGUGGAUCCUAUACCUGCCUUGCCUAUAACUCUGCUACAGGCCUCAACAGGACCACAGUCAAGACGAUCACAGUCUAUGCGGAGUUACCCAAACCCUCCAUCACAAGUAACAACUCCCACCCUGUGGAGGACGAGGACUCUGUGGCAUUAACGUGUGAACCUGAGACUCAGGACACAACCUACGUGUGGUGGAUAAACGGUCAGAGGCUCCAGGUCAGUCCCAGGCUGGAUCUGUCCCUGGACAACAGGACUCUCACUUUACUCAGUGUCACGAGGAAUGACGCAGGACCCUACGAGUGUGAAACCCAGAACCCAGUGAGCACCAGCCGCAGUGACGCAUUCACCCUGAAUAUUUCCUAUGGCCUGGACAACCCCACCAUUUCCUUCCCAGACUCAUCUUGCAGUACAGGAGCAAACCUCAGUCUCUUCUGCUACUCAGCCUCUAACCCACCCACACAGUUUUCGUGGCUUAUCAAUGGGAGACCCCAGCAAUCCACACAAGAGCUCUUUAUCCCCAACAUCACUGUGAGUGAUAGUGGAUCCUAUACCUGCCUUGCCUGUAACUCUGCCACAGGCCUCAACAGGACCACAGUCAAGACAAUCACAGUCUCAGAUAAGCCAGUAACAGGAAGUUCUCCAGGCAUUUCAGCUGGGUUGCUUGUUGGCAUUGUGAUUGGAGUUGCCGGGGUGGCUCUGACAUAG